CCUUGAAUCCAGAAACUAUGCCGCGGGGCCGACCGCGCAAACUGAGGGACAAAACCAACGACGAAACAGGCGACCUGCAGGAGUCCGGCGCGGAGAACUCCGGCUAUGGCGCCGCCGAGGCCAGGCACUUCAAGUGCACCGUGUGCUCGCAGGUGUUCACCAAAGAGAGCCACCUGCAGCGUCACCUGCGGGACCACGAGGCCAACGACAAGCCACAUCGAUGCGACCAGUGUCCCAUGUCUUUCAACGUGGAGUUCAACCUCACUCUGCACAAGUCCACACACAACCUCGAGGACCUCACCUGCCCCGAGUGCUGCAAGAAGUUCUCGCGAGUGGCCAGCCUCAAGUCCCAUAUCAUGCUGCACGAGAAGGAGGAGAACUUGAUCUGCUCAGAGUGUGGUGAUGAGUUCAUCCUGCAAAGUCAGCUCUCUCUGCACCUAGAGGACCACCGUAAGGAGUUCAACGGGAGCAAGGUCUACACCUGUAACAUCUGCAGCAAGGAGUUCAAGAUGUCCUCACAGCUCAAAGAACAUAAGAAAACACAUAUUCGGAAAAGGCCAAUCAUUGGCAAUUUGAGAAACUACAAGAAGAACAUAGACAGGAGCGGGUUCACCAACAGCUGCCAGCACUGUGGAAAGACGUUCAAAAAGCCCAGCCAGUUAGUCCGACACAUACGAAUUCACACAGGUGAAAGGCCCUACAAGUGCACACAUUGUGGGAAGGCCUUCAACCAGAAGGUGGUGCUGCAGACCCACAUGGUUCGCCACACGGGCGAGAGGCCCCACUUAUGUUCGCUCUGCCCUGCUUCCUUCUCCCAGAAGGGCAACCUGCACUCGCACAUCCAGAGAGUGCACUCCGAGUCUAAGGGCAUCCCAGUGUAUCCAUGCCUGGACUGCAGCUGUGUUUUUAAGAGACUUGGCAGCCUCCACGCCCACACCAGUAAGAUGCACAUGUCCAUUGCGGAAGGUCCUCCUGACCCACCGGAGUCAGGGGAGGCAGCGCAAGGCCCCCAGGGAACGGAGGGAGUGACGGAUGUGAUCCAGCAGCUGCUGGAGCUGUCAGAGCAGGUGACCGGGGAGAGCGCUCAGACCCAGCCAGCAGGACAGCCCAUGCCUAUGGAGAACUCCCUCAAUCAGGACAUCCUUCAGCAAGCUCUGGAGAACAGUGGACUGAGCGCCAUCCCAGUGCAGUCUCACACCCAGAACAGGGCAGUGCCCCGGACUGUUGUGCCCCCUCAGGGCCAGGGUAGCGAGGGCCUGGCCUGCAGCUCCUCCACCAACCCGCUGGGGCCGAGCAAGGGGCCCCCUUUGGAUAAGGGCAAUCGCAAAGGGAAGAGGAACAUCUAUAAGAAGCAUGUGCAGAUGCCAGGCUCCAUCCGUGAGGAGAAUGGCGUCCGGUGGCACGUGUGUCCCUACUGCCCCAAGGAGUUCAAGAAGCCCAGCGAUCUGGUGCGCCACAUCCGCAUCCACACGCACGAGAAGCCCUUCAAGUGCAAGCAGUGCUUCCGUGCGUUUGCCGUGAAGAGCACGCUCACAGCCCAUAUGAAGACACACACGGGCAUCAAGGCCUUUGAGUGCCAGAGCUGCAUGAAGUGCUUCUCCACAUCGGGCAGCAUGAAGGUGCACAUGCGACUACACACAGGUGCACGUCCAUUCCCAUGCCCGCACUGCGAGAAGAUCUUCCGCACAUCUGGCCACAGGAAAACCCACAUGGCUUCACACUUCAAGAGCACCCAGCAGAAGAAGCAGAGGUACCCGCGGAAGUCCCAGAGGGUGCGGGUGGUUAAGAACAGCCUGCCGCUCUCGGACAUCCCGCUCCAGGAGCCCAUUCUCAUUACAGACCUGGGUCUUAUCCAGAACCAGAACCCUCGCAACAGCCUCUCCAUGCAGCAGUUCUUAGACGUCAUGGUCUCAGACCGGCCGUACAAAUGUCCCUUUUGUAACCGUGCCUACAAGAAAUCCAGCCACCUGAAGCAACACGUAAGGUCCCACACAGGAGAAAGGCCUUACAAAUGCAGCCAGUGCAGCAAAGGCUUCGCCUCCUCAGGUGUGCUCAAGUCACAUAUCCGCACACAUUCAGGCCUCAAGGCCUAUAAGUGCUUGAUGUGCGAUAGCACCUUCACCACAAGUGGCAGCCUGCGGCGACACAUGACCACGCACAGCGACAUACGGCCUUACAUGUGCCCCUACUGCCAAAAGACCUUCAAGUCCUCUUCCAACUGCCGGAAGCAUAUGAAGACACACAGGUAUGAGCUAGCCCAGCAGUUACAGCAGCAGCAGGCCUCCGGAGACACCCCCUCCCUGGAGAGUGCCAUUGGAGGGGUAGCAGAGGCCGCUACAAUCCAGGUGGAGAUCGAGACCGAUGCGCUGCAGCAGCCCUCCGCCGAUCAGCAAGGCAUUCUGGGACUGGCUCAGGCUCAGGUGGUGGGCAGUUCCCAGCAGGGAGCGCUGCAAACACAGCUGACUAACCAGCCACUGGUGCAAGAAGAAGAUACACUUGUGUCAUCCCAGCAUGCUUUGCCUCAGAACAUCAGCCAAUUUGAGAUGCAGACGCUUCCCCAGCCAUCGUUUGACCAGCAGACACUAACACAAGGCUUCCCCAUGACAGAUGGAUUCACUCAGCAGCCCCAGUUCUCAACAGUUCAGCAGCUGCAGGAUUCCAGCACCCUAGAGUCACAGGCCCUGUCCUCCAGCUACCACCCACAGAACCUCUUACAUGUUUCCAGCACCGAUGUGCAGCCCAGUCGCCUGCUCCAGGAUCCACCUCAGGCUGACCUUCAGUUGCCUGCCCACAGCCAGGAGUUCCCAGAGGAUAGUGAUGAAGACAGCCGGAGGGUCUACAGAUGUUCCUACUGCAGCAAGGGCUUUAAGAAGUCCAGCCACCUGAAGCAGCACGUGCGCUCACACACCGGGGAGAAACCCUACAGGUGCAACAUGUGUGGCCGGAACUUCGUCUCAGCGGGGGUGCUCAAAUCCCACCUCAACACACACACUGGUGUAAAGGCGUUCCGCUGUAGCGUGUGCGAUGCCUCUUUCACCACCAAUGGAAGCCUGAACCGUCACAUGGCCAUGCACACGGACACCAAGUCCUUCAAGUGUCCCAUGUGCUCAGAGACGUUCCGCACCAACCAGCACUGCAAAAAGCACAUAAAAAAGGACCAUGAGAUGGCAGCUAGAGCCCUGGAGGAGAAUGCAGAGGAUGAGGAGGUUACUGAUCGGGUCCAACCGAAGCGCACCCGUGCUGACAUCAUCACCUUCACUGAAGAGCAGACAGCAGAGCUGGCCCGGAACGAGCCCGGUGACGACGCCUCUGUGUCGGAGAAGGUACUGGUGCAGUCGGCCGCAGAGCGGGACCGUGUCAGCGAGAUGAAGGACAAAACGGCUGAGCUGGAAGCAGAGCCCAAGUUUGCCAACCGCUGCAACUACUGCCCCAAAAGUUUCAAGAAGCCCAGUGACCUUGUCCGACACAUUCGGAUCCACACAGGAGAGAGGCCCUUCAAGUGCGACGAAUGUGGCAAGAGCUUCACGGUGAAGUCCACCUUGGACUGCCACGUCAAGACUCACUUAGGUCAAAAGCUGUUCAGUUGCCACAUGUGCAACACGUCCUUCUCGACCAAGGGCAGCCUGAAGGUGCACAUGCGCCUGCACACGGGCUCCAAGCCCUUCAAGUGCCCCUUCUGCGAGCUACGCUUUCGCACCUCCGGCCACCGCAAGACACAUAUCCAGAGCCACUACAAGUCCUCCAUGGAAGCCAAGAAGGGGAAGAAGGGGACUGAGCGGCAGGCCCGACCAGCAUUGGCCCCGCCUACUGAGUCCUUACCACCAGUGGGCAUGCUCCAAACGGGAGCUGCUGAGGCCACCGAUGUGGACCCCGUCUACAUCACCAGCAACCCUGUGAUGAACGGUCAGUUUGAGCAGAACCUGUUGCAGCCGAGCGUUGUGGGCCAGGCCAUCCUUCCUGCCUCCUUGUCCACCGGAGGCGACCUCACGGUGUCUUUGUCAGAUGGCCUGGCCACUCUGGAGGGUAUUCACCUGCAGCUCACCUCUGCUAACCUGCUGUGCCCCAACGUGCAGAUCUCCGGCAUCGACACCAGCAACAUCAACAACAUCACACUGCAGAUCGAUCCAGCCAUUCUGCAGCAGACACUGCAGCAGGGGAACCUGCUUUCUCACCAGCUGACGGGAGACACGGGGCUCACCCAAAUCUCUGGUGCCCAUCUCAUGGCAGGCGACUCAGCUGUGCCCACCAAUGUGGUCAUCCACCCACUCACCAGUCUAUCCCUGCAGCCAUCGGCAACCCCUGGCAGCAUGGGCAUCUCCAGCCUGACUGAGCAGGAUGCGGUGCUCACAGCCACCAGCAGCGGAUCCCAUGAUUUGGCACAAGUGAUGACCUCCCCGGGCCUGGUGACAACCGGAAGCAGUGGUCAGGAAAUAACGCUGACCAUAAACAACUCCAGCCUCAGUCAGGUUCUGGCCCAGGCAUCUGCCACAGACCCUGCCCCAGUCUCCAGCGACCCACCAGAGAUUACACUCACCAUAUCAGGCCAGGACCUUAUGCCACAGCACAGCACAGCAGGCGGGGCGGAAAUGAACGGAGGAAUAAGGUUGACAUCUCCCAUGAGCACCCAAGCUAACAGCGCCACCCUGACAAUAGGGAACCAGCUUCUACCUCAGAGUCCGGCCAGUACUGGAAUCGCAGAGAGCAGCCUUCCCGCCGCCACCUCUCUGUCCCAGACUGCCGUUUCCUCCCAGGGCCUGGUGAUGUCGUCCUCAGGGGUGGCCAACGACGGCAGCAUGACUUUUACCCUGGCAGACACACAGGGCAUGCUGUCGGGGAGCCUGGACACAGUCACACUCAACAUCGCGCCCCAGGGGCAGCAGUUUCCCACCAUUCUGAGUGACACGGGUCUCGCUGGUCAAACCGCCAGCUCCUCCCAGCAGGUCAUCCUGGUCAGUCACCCAGUACCGGGUACAGUCGCAGGGGAUGAUGGCUUUCGGAUCCCCGGGGUGAGCAGGCAACAGAUGAAAGAGCCAUCCACAGAGUCUCAGCAGGGCCUCAACCAGUGUUUCUACUGCAGUCAAGUCUUCCCCACUGCUGUCAUGCUGAGGAGGCACUGCCGACAGGCCCACGGCAAGGAGCGCUGCCACGUGUGCAGGGUGUGCAGCAAGGCGUUCAAAAGGGCCACGCACCUCAAGGAGCACGAGCAGGUCCAUCAGCAGGGGCCAUCACCAAGCUCCCAGAGGCCCCGAACCUUCAGGUGCUCCACAUGCGACAAAGCCUUUGCCAAGCCCAGCCAGCUGGAAAGACAUAACCGGACACAUACAGGUGAGCGACCCUUUAAGUGUCCCCAGUGCGAUAAGGCCUUCAACCAGAAGAGCGCCUUGCAGGUGCACACGGUGAAGCACACUGGGGAGAAACCGUACAAGUGUGAGGUCUGCUGUAUCAGCUUCACACAGAAGAGCAACAUGAAGCUGCACAUGAAGCGCUCACAUAGCUAUGGCAGUGGCAAGGAGAUGAGCAUGGGCCAGGAGGCAGGAGGGGAGGAGGAGGCGACCUCAGGGCUCGACCUGGCUGAGGUGGUGCAGGAAUCAUCCAGCGACUGGCAAUGCGGCAUCACUAAUGUUUUUCGGUAGAUUCUUUCCAGAACCGUGCUCACUCUGCCACUGAUACUUGUGAUUUCUUCAGUUAGCACUAAUCCCACCUGAGUGCAGUCUUAUUAUUGGCUGCUGUGCAUAGUGCAUUUCCAUAGAAACGCACUGGUGGUGGCUGAACUGCUACAAAAUUUAAGCACAUUUACAGGUCUUGAAACCUGAUCAUUUCUAACAUUGCAGCGACCUGUACGAGUACUGGCACAUUAAAGUAGCUCACCACUACGAAGUGCCAUUGUUGGCUGUCUUGUUCUGCAUCAGAAAGAAGAGGAGACGGAAAAACAUGGCAACCUGCCACGAAGAAGAGAAUAUCUGGGUGACCUUUUAUACCAGAUUCAAAAUAAUUAGAAUUCUUGAAUUCCUUUUCUAUAUCACAGUGACCUUUCUUUGAUUAUUUCUUGAAUGCAUCUGUAUUAAUUGGCAGAUCUUCAAAACCUUUUAAAAAUUAAGUGCUUUGGCUUAAUUGGGAUCACUAACUACAGCAGGGACAGUAAAACAUGUCUAUACAUGCACUUAGUUAUUUUUUGCCAGUCAGGUUUAAACGACUUGCAUUCUGAACAUACUUUAUGCAUCGUUCUGUACCCGUUUUUAUUUCGAUGUAUUUGAGCAAGUGGAAAAAGUGUCAACAGUUUAUACAUAUGAACCUAAUUUUAGUCCCAGGUGUCUUCAUGCUUUUUAAGUGAAUGAAUCUGUGCCUUUAUUCUUCACCAUUUGCAUGGCUGUAAAGUAGCUGUAAACUAGCUGACCAUUCUGGAUUGCAGAAUGAUAUCCAGCCUGAAGUUUCAAAAGGGUAA